CGUGCGGGGCGGGCUCUGCGGGGCGGGCCGUGCGGGGCCGGCGGCGGGAGGCGCCAUGAGCGCGGCCUGGGGGCGAGGGCUGCUCGGGGCGGCCUGGCGGGGCCGCGCGGCCGCGCUGGGCCGCGCCCUGCGCACCGGCGCCCCGGGGCUGCGGGACGCGGCGGGGGCGGCGGAGGAGGCGGAGAGGCAGGGAGCGACCGAGCCCAGCCCUUUAAUCCUGCAGAGGAACUCCAUGAGGUGGAACGGAAAGGUCUAUGAGGAGAUCCCAAUAGCUCACAUCAAAGCUACGUACAACAACACCCACGUCCAGGUGGUCAGCUUUGACAACAGCCCCCUGGCCCGCACCUCCUGCGGCACCGAAGGCUUCCAGAACGCCAAGAAGGGCACGGCCAUCGCGGCACAGACUGCAGCCAUGGCAGCAGCAGUGAAGGCACGUGGGAAGGGUGUGUUGCAUGUACGAGUCAUGGUGAAAGGACUGGGACCAGGACGCAAAGCUGCCAUCAAGGGUUUGACUAUGGGGGGUCUGGAGGUCAUCUCCAUCACUGACAACACCCCAGUUCCACACAACGGCUGCCGCCCUCGGAAAGCCCGGCGUAUGUGAGAGGGGAGCAGAAGAGACACAGCUUCCAACAUCAGCUCAUGCAGCAGGGACUGGGUUGAAUGUUGCUCUUGGGUCAGAUUCUGGAAAGCUGCCUCCCUGGAAAUACCUGGUGAAGGAAGCCUGAAGAAGAGAGACCAGCCUGGGUGUACCACCUUGAAAGCCCAGGUGGUAGAAGCAGCAAUACGUGUACGCCCUUAGUGGGAAGCCUCCUGUGUAAAAAGUUGCUUGAUUAAAAUGUUGAUGUUCUGA